ACGAUCGUUAAGAUCGGUCUUAUGAUAUAAUGUGUUAUUAUUAUGAUGCGCAUCUUUAUUUUUCGAAAUAAAUAUUGGAUAUUUUGCUAUUAGGCAAAAUGUAAAAGUUGCUUUGUUUUCUAAGAUAAAAUCUAAGAUUAAGGUAAGUUUUUCAAAUUAGUGGUCGAUAAUCUUCGUCCGUCUUUCGACUUCCAAUACAAGUUCGGAAAAUUUGGAAUCGGCACUUUUCUACAUUGAGUGAAAAAUACAAGUUUAGCAAAGAUGGUUCCAUAAAUAUGGCCAACGCUGUAUACAGGUAUGAGUCUCUUAAUUAAAUAACCAAACUUUUAGCGGUGCAUUCGCAUGCAACGGUUGACAUUCUUAAAAAGUCAUCCAACAUAAUAAAAAUCAAAAUGCGUGAAAUGCACUCAGCGCGUCUACAAAGAGUGGCAAAAUUUCCAACUCACAUUCUAAGUCAUAACUUCAAGAACUUUAGGCAAAUAAAGAUGCUAAAGCUAAACAUAAGCGAUUCUUUCUUGCUAUUAUGUAUAGUAGCAUUCCAGAGUAUAUACGCGAAGAACGGAUCUACUAAGGAUAACCACCAACCGCAGUCCGCUGGGCAUGUAACCACACCCAGUCCAGAAUGGUUAGAGUAUCAACGCGAACGCUUCAGUAAUGCGAAAGAUGUAGAGACAUUGAGAAAAAUGCUUGAUCCAGCUUCGAAACUGCUUGAAACCAAAAAAGUUCAGACUGAUGAUCUAACAGCAAUUCCUAGGAUACACAGCACGAGAGAGCAAGGAGCACCGAAACUAGAAAAAGAAAAUGUAUAUAAUGAGGCCACGGUUGAAGAAGUGCCAAAUGAACCCAAGCAUAAAGAUGAAAUGGAUGAUGUUGAAAAUACAGACGAAAGCAAUGAGAUGAGAUCCAAAGCGGAAAAUACCAAUGUGCUUUCACAUGUCAUAAAAGGCAUACAAUAUCCGACGCUGCGAGGGUUUAUAAACUUUCUGAAAACUGUACAGCGCAGAUGGGUCAAACAAUCAAAAUUAACUUUCGAACAAAAACUUAACACAUUAAAGAACUUGAAAAACAAAAUGAUGCAUUUGAUAGAGGAUCAAUUUAGUAUGAUUUGGACACCCAAGGUUCAUAUGCGCCGCCGACGUGGUUUAUUGGAAGAAUCAAAUCUCAACUUUCCUCCUGAGGCAGCUUUAAUCAGCAUAAAUUUCUUGACCUUUGCUGUGUUUUUGAUCAAACUGGUGAUGCAAGUGGUGCAUAUCAUUAAGAGUAAACACUAUACUCUUAGCGGAUUUGGAUUCACAUCUGCCGGUACAAUGACUAAAUCUACAUAAUCAGCUUCAUAAGAAUAUCCUUAUUUCAGAUAGUUUUUUUUUAUAUUAAUUUUAUUAAAUCAGUACUCAUAUAUUGACAAUUAGUCACGUAUUUUUAUUUAAUUUAAAAUUAUAUUUGAUUUCCAUUCUUCCAUUACGCUGUAUUCAAUUUUUUAUAACUAAUUAAAAGAUUUUGAAAAAAAAAAUUUAUUUAAACUAUGUCUGUUUAAGAU